CAGAUCUGUAUCUAUAUUUCGCCCCAAUAAAAUAUUAGGCUUGUUCUUCUAAAAGAUGAGCGAAACAAGCCCUCCAACUUUCAAGUGACAGACUCACUCACUCACACCAAGAUCUCUUCAGCCGACAACCAUCUCAUGAAAUCACAUCCCAAUAAUAACAACAACUGAUAAACACAUUCACUGACAUCAAAAUGGGUGGUGGGAUUAUUGCAUCAUCUUUUGAUUUGAAGUCAGGGCUGUUGGUUCUUCUUGUUAUGAUUGCUUGUUUUUAUACUGGCACUUUUUUUGGCCAUAAAUCUUCACUUUAUGUUGAUGAUCAUCAAUUUGCUUUCAACAAUUCUGCAUCUUUAUCAGCCAAUUCACUAGGUGACUCGACAUAUAGCAAUAGAGUUAUUCUUACUCAUCGACAUUCACCACUAGUAGUUCCAGAAAAUGGGAUGAACAUAUGCCCUAUAGAAUAUAAUGAGUAUAUUCCUUGUCAUGAUCCUUCAUAUAUCAAAGAAUUACUUCCAAGUUUAGAUCUUUCAAAACGAGAAGAUUUAGAACGACAUUGCCCUCCAUUGGAAAGACGAUUGUUUUGUUUGAUACCGCCACCAAAUGAUUACAAGAUACCAGUGAGAUGGCCAACUAGUCGAGACUAUGUAUGGAGGAGUAACGUUAAUCAUACACGUCUUUCUGAAGUUAAAGGAGGGCAAAAUUGGGUGCACGAGAAGGAUCAAUUGUGGUGGUUUCCGGGAGGUGGUACUCAUUUUAAACAUGGAGCUACUGAAUACAUUGAGAGAUUAGGGAAUAUGACGACCAAUGAGACUGGCGAUCUUCGUUCAUCCGGGGUUUAUCAAGUUCUUGAUGUUGGUUGUGGGGUUGCUAGUUUCUCUGCUUAUCUUCUUCCCUUUAAUAUACAAACAAUGUCAUUUGCUCCAAAAGAUGGUCAUGAAAAUCAAAUUCAGUUUGCAUUGGAGCGGGGAAUUGGUGCUAUGAUAUCCGCCCUAGCUACAAAACAGUUACCAUAUCCCAGUAACUCAUUUGAAAUGGUUCACUGUUCAAGGUGUCGUGUUGAUUGGCAUGAAAAUGAUGGCAUUCUUUUAAAAGAAAUAAACCGACUUCUUCGGCCAAAUGGUUAUUUUGUAUAUUCAGCCCCUCCAGCUUAUAGAAAGGACAAAGAUUUUCCGUUAAUUUGGGAUAAAUUGGUAAACAUAACUUCUGCAAUGUGCUGGAAGCUUAUUGCCAGGAAAGUUCAAACAGCAAUAUGGAUGAAGGAUGCCAGUCAAUCUUGUCUUCAAAGCAAUGCAGAGCAGACACUUGUGAAGAUUUGUGAUUCGGUGGAUAAUAAUAAACCGUCAUGGAAAACACCAUUGAGGGACUGUGUUACACCUAUUACUACGGGCUCUGAGUCUCAGAAACUCCCUCCUAUCCCACAACGUCAUUCAGUAUAUUUAGAAAGUCUCAAUGACAUAGGUAUCACUCAGGAAAUGUUUCUUGCCGAUACGCUCUACUGGCAAGAUCAAGUUCGUCAUUAUUGGAGGUUGAUGGACGCUGAUGAGAUGUCAGUUCGAAAUGUUUUGGACAUGAACGCCCUUAAUGGUGGAUUUGCAGUUGCAUUUAGUACUUGGCCUGUUUGGGUGAUGAAUAUAGUCCCUGCAACAUCGAAUGAGACUUUGUCUUCUAUUUAUGCCCGGGGCCUAAUUGGUGCUUUUCAUGAUUGGUGUGAGCCAUUUUCAUCCUAUCCACGCACAUAUGAUUUGCUGCAAGCAAGUUAUCUCUUCACUCACUACAGAAACCACCACGAUGUUGGUUGCUCAUUGGAGGAUAUCAUGCUAGAGAUGGACCGUCUUGUACGACCCCAGGGUUUUAUCAUUAUUAGAGAUGAUGAAUCCACUAUAUCAAGAAUAAGGGAUCUUGCUCCGAAGUUUCUUUGGGAGGUUACUUCACAUGUCCUGGAAAAUCAACAAAGGGUAUCAGAACCGGUAUUAAUUUGCCAAAAGAAGUUCUGGUCAAUCAUCUAAUGAUGACUUAAUUUAUAGUUGGAGGUUCAAAUUAUAGAACUCAAUACUUGAUUUUGGUAAUGUACUAUUAGUUUUUGUAUACCAUAAACCCCCAUUCAUUCUUUAGUUAAUUGUAAAUCUAGCGAAACAAAGUUGUUGAUGAUCCCUUUGGUUAAAUGACCAUUGAAUCGGAGUUCAUUUCGAGUUCAACCAUGUAAUAUAGGAGCUUGGUUAUGUAAUGAUGAUAUAAUUAUCAUGAGUAUGACAAUGUAAUCACUUAAUUGUUUUUGAUAGCUAGUUCAACUCUCCCAUGAUUAUCAUA